AUAGGAAGUUUAAAAGAACCUGCAUCAAACUACGUAGUUUUGAGUAUGGUUUUCAAAUCUCAUUUUUCUUUUCGUUGCAUCCGUCGCUCAUCGCCGCUGCUUUGCUCCUUGCCUUUCAUCCAAAGAUUGAACCUGACGACAACGGUUCCAUUAGCGGUCAUCUCCUCAAGUUUACUCUCUCUCUCUAAACUUAGGUUUCUAUUUGAUCAGGAUUCAGGAACAAAGCUGGCUGAACUUCUAGGAAAGUCCGUUACUUCUCCCUGGUCAUGCCUAUUCCUAGUAGGAGAGAGAUGAUUGUGACAAGAGAAGCCUUAGGGUUCUUCUCUCACUUGAAGAGAACCUCAAAUCAACCCGAAGACCCUUAUAUCUUCAACAAGCAUCUUCAUUGCCUAACCAACUCCUCCUGUGGUGAUCUCUCUCUCAAGAUCUUCUCCCACUUCCUGUCCAAAUGGUACACACCUCUCCCUUCUUCAUUCAAUUCGUCAUUCAAUUCUGUUAUUUCAUUUCUUUCCAAACUAGGGCACGCUAGCUAUGCUCAAAACAUUAUGGAUUUAAUGCCAAAGUUCGGAUCUUUACCUGAUAUGGUUACUUACAAUUCUUUGAUUGAUGGAUAUUGUAAAUAUGGCAAUGUUAAAGAAGCUUGUUUUAUUGUAAAUAGAAUUAGGAGUGGUGGGUGUAGAUUAGACUUGGUAACUUUUAAUGUCUUAUUUAAUGGGUUUUGUAAGAGGAAAAUGAUGAGAGAGGCUUUUGUGUAUAUGGGUUUAAUGUGGAAGUGUUAUUUACCUAACGUUGUUACUUAUGGGACUUGGGUUGAUAUGUUCUGUAAGAUGGGGGAUCUGGGGAUUGGGUAUAAGAUCUUUAAGGAAAUGAGGACAGAUGGUGUUGAGCCAAAUUUGGUUGCUUAUACUUCUUUGAUUGAUGGAUAUAGUAAGGUUGGUGAUUUGGAUUUUGCAUUUCAGUUGUAUGAGGGUAUGAACAAAUGUUUGCUUUCACCAAAUGUGGUUACUUAUGCUGUGCUAAUUGAUGGUUUUUGCAAACGGGGAAUGUUGAAAAAAGCAGAAAAGUUGUUUCUGAAGAUGUUGGAAGUUGGGAUGGAGCCCAAUUCGACUGUUUACACUUCAAUAAUAGAUGGACACUUCAAGAAAGGGACUGUAGACACUGCAAUGAAGUACUUUAGGGAAAUGUGCGACACAAGUAUCAAGCUUGAUGUGGUGAUAUAUGGGGUAGUUGUAUCAGGACUUGCUAGUAAUGGUAGAUUUGAUUUAGUAUUGGAAGUUAUGAAAGAUAUGUUGAGGAAUAGAAUAACUCCUGAUAAGAUAAUGUUAACAACGAUUAUGGAUGCCCACUUCAAGGCUGGGAAUACAAAAGCAGCCUUUACUGUGUACGGGGAGUUAUUGAACGGAGGCUUUGAGCCCGAUGUUGUAACUAUGUCGUGCUUAAUAGAUGGGUUAUGUAAACAUGGACAGAAUCAUGAUGCUAAAGAGUAUUUUUGCAAGGAAAAGGCUAAUGAAGUUUCGUACACCAUACUCAUUGAUGGAAUUUGUAAGGAAGGGGACUUAAGUGAAGUUGAGAGACUUGUAAGAGAGAUGUCUGAAGCUGGGUUCAUUCCAGACAAGUUUGUCUACACUUCUUGGAUUGCUGAGCUUUCCAAGCAAGGCAAAAUAGUGGAGGCCUUUAGGGUGAAGAAUAAGAUGGUCCAAGAAGGUAUUGAACCUGAUCUGUUAACAUAUAGCUCUCUAAUUUUUGGUUUGGCAAAUAAAGGGUUAAUGAUCGAAGCAAAACAACUUUUUGACAAUAUGUUGAGAGGGGGAAUCACUCCUGACUCGGUGGUUUUUGGUAUUCUGCUUAGAGGGUACCUUAAGCAGAAUGACACGGUUGCCAUGUCCCAUUUACGUGAGGAAAUGAGAAAGAGAGGACUUAUGAUAACAGAUAGGAAGCAGACACUGAACAAUAUUUCUGAUGGCAAACAAAACAUUGACUUGAAGAAAUGAUGAUUUUAUUCUGGAAUUGGUCGGAAUGGAUGUUUCAGUUUUGCCUUGUGACUACAGUAUUUUGCAUCCUCAGGGAAAUAAGCAGACUUGUUAUUCUCUCUUUCAGUGAUGCGAAGGCAUCAAAACGAUAACAGAACUCCUCUCACCCUGCAAUUUUGCAGUUCAAAUGUCCCAAAAUCAGGAAAAAAAAAAAAAUCAAGCCCUAAGAUUUUGCAGUUCAUCAAAGCUCAAAAGGUUAGGUUUCUUCUAUUUAAUUUGCUGGCAAUUUUAAGCUCAAAGGGUUAGAUUUCAUUAUAA